AUGCCUGCACCGAUGCCUGCCCCCGUCUUUCAAUCCCGCCCGCAAAAAGUCCAGAUGACGAUAGCGAAGACGCUUAAACGCACCGAAUCCGAAGCGUCCAAUGCCUCCACGCCAGGCUCCGACACCUCGGCGCCCCCAGUAUUACGAGUUAUGUCUUCAAAACGAUACAUUGGUUCAUUUGGCGCUGCUGCUUGGGCUAUCAGAAGUGGUUCAGGCUUGCUGAAGCAUGACGAGAAGAUCCACAUAGAGCGUCAGAAGUCGCAGCCAAGGUUGAACAAAGCGAAAAAGGUUAUUCAGUUAAGAAAAGUAGAUACAAUGGUGCGCUUCACAAAUGCGCGAGGAGAAGAAGUGGGCAGGCUCGACAAUGAGUCAGCAGUCUGGGUGUCGGUGUUGAUGGACCAAAAGGUGUGCUCGUUCGAGGGCUCCGUCGUCUAUACUCCAGACAAGUUACGGACUGGCGAUACAAUAUAUCUCCAACUGCGCGCCUAUUUCUUGCGCGGCGCUUUUGAUAAGCGGAAGUUUGCGAAGCCGGAUAACAACCGCGAGAUCAAUCUUUUCGAAGAAAAGGAGUCGUCCGAUGAGCGAGACUUGCGUUUGCGCCAGAUCGCUCUUGUCAAGCUAUUCGAAGCUAUCAAUCUCCAGCCAACACACGAGAACGAGACGACAGCGAAACACAAAAGGCAGGGCCUGCUACAGGCAGCAGAGAGUGAGGAGAAGAAGGCUGAAAAGCCCAAGCCUAAGAGCGGGACACCAGCAACGUCUGGCGAUACAACAUCUUCGCCGCCUGCUGAAGAGGCCGAAGAAGGAGAAGAGCUUGAGCAGGAUCAACUUGACUCACUGUACAAGAAGGCACAGUCGUUCGACUUCGACACCCCUACUAUGGAACCUGCCGACAGUUUCCGGAUGGACUUGCGGAAAUACCAGAAACAGGCUCUGUUCUGGAUGGUCAACAAGGAGAAGGACCAGUCAAUUGAGGACAAGGAGACUUCGAUGCAUCCCCUAUGGGAAGAGUACAGAUGGCCAACCCAAGAUGCGGAGAACCAACCACUACCGGCUAUUGAGAACCAGGCUAUGUUCUACGUCAAUCCAUACUCAGGCGAACUCUCGUUGGACUUUCCCGUACAAGAACAGAACUGCUUGGGUGGCAUACUUGCUGAUGAGAUGGGUCUCGGCAAGACUAUUGAGAUGAUGAGUUUGAUCCACACCCAUAGGAAUGAAGUGAGCAGUGAAGCUUCGAAGACCUCUAAGACUCUCCCACGACUACAAAAGAGCAGUGCUGCUGUGGAGCUUGCACCGUACACUACACUUGUAAUCGCACCCAUGUCGCUACUGGCGCAAUGGCACAGUGAAGCAGAAAAGGCAUCCAAGGACGGCACACUGAAAGCAAUGGUAUACUAUGGCUCAGAGAAGGCUGUCAACUUGCAAAAGCUAUGCUGCGCAUCCAAUGCAGCAAAUGCACCAAACGUCAUCAUCACGAGUUACGGUACAGUACUAUCAGAGUACAACCAGGUCGUGGCGCAGGAAGGAAAUCAAGGCUCGCAUGGUGGCAUCUUCUCACUCGAUUACUUCCGCAUCAUCCUUGAUGAAGCACAUUACAUCAAGAACAGGCAAUCGAAGACAGCAAAGGCGUGUUAUGAGCUCAGUGCGAGGCAUCGAUGGGUGCUGACCGGCACACCAAUUGUCAACCGCUUGGAGGACUUGUUCAGUCUAGUUCGGUUCCUCAAGGUCGAGCCGUGGGCCAACUUUUCUUUCUGGAAAACAUUCAUCACAGUGCCUUUCGAAUCAGGCGAGUAUGUGCGCGCACUCAAUGUAGUACAGACCGUACUGGAGCCGUUGGUGCUACGACGAACCAAGGAUAUGAAGACGCCCGACGGAGAAGCCCUAGUGCCACUGCCAUUGCGAACCAUCGAGGUUGAGAAGAUUGUGCUAUCGAAAGAUGAGCAAGAUAUUUAUGAUCAUAUCUAUCUACGAGUUAGAGAUACGUUCAGUGCUAACGCCGAAGCUGGAACGCUGUUGAAGUCGUACACCACCCUCUUCGCUCAGAUUCUACGAUUGCGACAAUCAUGCUGCCAUCCCGUCCUUACCAAGAAAGCCAACAUCGCAGCCGAUGCGGAAGACGCAGCACUAGCAUCUGACCUUGCAAAUGGGCUUGCAGAUGACAUGGACCUCUCUGCUCUUAUCGAACGCUUUACGGCCGAGGGCGACCAGGACGUCAACAAGUUUGGAGCUCACGUAUUGAAGCAGAUCCAGGACGAAGCAAAAGCUGAAUGUCCAAUCUGCUCAGAAGAGCCCAUGAUUGAUCAGGCAGUGACUGGAUGUUGGCAUUCAGCUUGCAAAGAAUGCCUACUAAACUACAUCGCCCAUCAACGCGACAAAGGCGAGCUACCACGCUGUUUUAAUUGUCGCGAGCCUAUAAACGCACGCGACAUAUUUGAAGUCGUCCGUCACGACCAUAUCGUAGAGGACGACACAAACCACGCCUUCCGCGCCACAGAUGCAGCAUCACCCCCAUCAGCCACACAAACCCCUCGCAUCAGCCUCCGCCGCAUUGGCAUCGCCGGCUCCGCCAAAACCCAAGCCCUGCUCGGCCAUCUCAAAAAGACACGAAAGGAAGAGCCCAACGCAAAAACAGUAGUCUUCUCCCAAUUCACCUCGUUCCUCGACCUCAUCGAACCCGCGCUGACCCGCGACCACAUCCCCUUUUUGCGCUUCGACGGUUCCAUCUCGCAGAAAGUGCGUGCGCAGAUUCUAACCGAGUUUACUACUUCUCCCAGACCAUAUGUCCUGUUGCUCAGUCUGAGAGCCGGUGGCGUAGGCCUCAAUCUCACGUGUGCGAAUAAGGUCUUCAUGAUGGAUCCGUGGUGGAGCUUUGCAGUCGAGGCGCAGGCGAUUGAUCGUGUGCAUCGCAUGGGGCAGGAGAGGGAGGUCAAAGUCGUACGGUUCUGCGUCCAGGGCAGUAUUGAAGAGAAGAUGCUUCGAAUACAGGAGAGGAAGAAGUUUAUUGCGAGUUCGCUGGGUAUGAUGUCGGAUGAGGAGAAGAGGGUGCAGAGGAUUGAGGAUAUCAAGGAGUUGUUGAGUUAG